AACUCCUCCUCCUCCUUCACAUUAAGGCGUUCACAUCUGGGGCUGCGCUUCAAGCCGACGCUUCCUCCCUCUCCUCUGUCCCGUUACGCUGGUCCAGCGGGGCAUUUUUGGAUUACGAUCCUGUUAAUUUCUCUUUUCCCUAUAAAGUACUCAGGUAGGCUAACGGUGCUGUCUCACCUGUAGUUUGCACGGUCAACGUGCAACGACCAUUUUGUAGGACCAUGGCUCGAAGGGGACUUAUUCUAACGGCUUUCUGGCUGUGCUCGUUAUGGGAAGUGAUGCAAACUCAAAGGCAAAGAAAUCCGUUUCAAGACUGUCCAGUGGAUCUGUUCUUCGUCUUGGAUACCUCUGAGAGUGUGGCACUCCGAUCCAAACCGCCAGAGUACUACAUCAGCCAGAUCCAGGAUUGGACCAACACAUUUAUUGAUGAGCUCAAGGAAAUACACCAGCCAUGCGACCGAAGUUUGACAUGGAAUGCAGGAGCUCUGCAUUACAGCGAUGAAGUCCAGCUGGUCAGAGAGCUGAGGGACAUGCAAAAAGAUGAUGAGAGGAGAGGCUUGAAGACAGCUGUCAAGAACAUCAAGUACAUCGGCAAGGGCACCUACACGGACUGUGCCAUCAAAAGGGGCAUCGCUGAGAUAAUGAUUGACGGUUCCUACUACCACGAGAACAAGUACAUCGUAGUGGUGACAGACGGCCACCCCGAGACUGGUUACAAAGAGCCAUGCGGAGGCAUCCAGGAUGCAGCCAAUGAGGCCAGACAGCACGGCAUCAAAGUCUUUGCUGUGGCCAUCUCUCCAGAUCAACUGGAUACCAGACUGUCUAUCAUCGCCACAGAUAAAAACUACCGUCAGAACUUCACUGCUGCUAACAAGGACCGUGACACCUCCAGUCAACUCUCCACUAUUCACACCAUCAUUGACAUCAUUACAAAUGAAACAAAAGAUGUGUGCUGUUCCUUCGACUGCCAUGCUAAAGGUGGGCCAAAGGGACCUGGGGGUGAUCCAGGACACAAGGGAGAAGCUGGUAGGCCAGGCAUGCACGGAGAGAAGGGAGACGUUGGUAACCCUGGAAAUGCUGGGGAUCCUGGUCCUGUUGGUUAUCAAGGAAUGAAGGGAGACAGAGGAGUGAGAGGCGACAAGGGAGAGAGGGGCCACAAAGGAUUCAAGGGAGACAAAGGACUGCAUGGGAUUGAUGGAACUGAUGGACGAAAGGGUGAAGCAGGUUAUCCAGGUCUUGCCGGCUGCAAAGGAUCCCCGGGGCCAGAUGGUUUGCAAGGAGAGUCUGGUCCAAAAGGAGAUCCUGGACCGUAUGGUGUAAAAGGAGGAAAAGGAGACGGUGGCCUUGAUGGUGGCCCUGGGCGACCCGGGAACUAUGGGGUCUCUGGACCACAGGGAGACAAGGGACCAAAAGGCGCAAACGGGGACAAGGGAGAAAGAGGUGACGAUGGCGCACCAGGAACAGAUGGAGGAAAAGGCGGCAGAGGAGAUCCAGGAGAGAAGGGUGAACAAGGAUCCAGAGGAAGCCGUGGACCUAGGGGAGAGGGUGGUGAGCCUGGGAAUCGUGGUCAGCCAGGACGUGAGGGAUCAGCUGGGUCGAACGGAGAUCCGGGUGAGCCUGGUCGCGCAGGGUUGCAGGGUUACCGUGGAGACGAGGGACCAGCAGGGCCAGAGGGACUUAAAGGGCCCACAGGCAUCAAAGGAUCUCCAGGAGACAGGGGCCUUAUGGGUGAGAGGGGAGAAGAUGGUGCCCCUGGUAACGGAACUGCAGGAUGUCAUGGAUUCCAGGGUUAUCCUGGGCCAAGAGGUGAUGCAGGAGAGCCGGGAGGCAUAGGCACCCCCGGGCCCAAGGGAGACGAUGGAGAUCCCGGAGACCCAGGAGAUGAUAACAACCAGGGAGGACCUCCCGGAGCCAAGGGAGCGAAAGGGCACAGAGGGCCAGAGGGCAACGGGGGCCCUCCCGGUCCACCUGGGCCUCCUGGACCUGACGACUGCGAGAUCCUGGACAUCAUAAUGAGAAUGUGCUCUUGUUGUGAGUGCAAGUGUGGCCCUGUGGACCUGACCUUCAUCGUGGACAGCUCAGAGAGUAUUGGCUCCACCAACUUCGCCCUCGCUAAGGACUUCAUUGUAACAGUCAUUGACAGGCUGACGAAAGACCAGAGAGUUUUGUUUGAUGGUGCAGAAUCAAACCUUGCUGUGGUCCAGUACAGUGGAUCAAAAGCACAGCAGCAUAUCAAACUGGCUGCUAGCGCUGGAAAUAGACACUCUAUGGCCGAUUUCAAACAGGCCGUGAAAGACUUGAGGUGGCUAGCAGAGGCAACCUACACUGGGGAGGCCCUGGAAUACUUCCUUACCCGCCUGUUCCAACCCGUCCCUGACACUAAGAACAACUCUGUGGUCAUUGUCCUCACCGACGGCCGCUCUGACAUCAUCCGAGACAAAACGCCUAUGACGGUGCUGUGCAACAAAGGCAUCAGGGUUGGCGGACUGGGAAUCAAGGAUUAUUCGGGCAGAAUGCCCAACCAGGAGCAACUGGAGGAUGUGGCCUGUAAGGCUGACAAACAGAAGCCUGGGUUCUCCUUCGUGCUCGACAACUUUGCCGAGCUCCUGGAUGACACUUUCCUGCAAAACCUCACAGAGCAGAUUUGCCAAGAUAAGAAGUGUCCUGAUUACAAAUGUCCAAUCUCAUUUGACACGUCCACUGACAUCGGCAUACUGAUGGACAGCUCAGCCAGCGUGGGUACCAAGAACUACGACAUGACCAAGAAAUUCGUCAAGCAGCUUGCUGAGCGCUUCCUGACCACCGAGCCUGCGUCGGGGCAGGUCUCGGUGCGUGUGGCCGUGGGUGAUUACGGCCGCGAGGCGCGCCUCAGCGACUUCACAGGCAACCUGACGCAGGUGAUCAGGCGCGUCGACGAGGCGGCCUUCGAGAACAUGGGCACUGACGUGAUGAGCGCCCUGACCCAGGCCAUCCGGCAGUUCCGGUCCGCCCCCGGUGGUGGCCAGCGCGCCAAGAAGCUGUUGGUGUUCUCCGACGGCCGCUCGCAGGGCAUCACCAGCAGCCUGAUCGCCAAGCGCGUGCAAGAGGUGGAGGCGGCUGGCAUCAAGCUCUACGUGCUGUCGGUGGGCAGUCAGGUGAACGAGGCCAACCUGCGUGACAUGGUCAGCCGGGGUCGCAGCUACGAUGUGGCCUACGCCCACCGCCACCUGUUCCGCGCCUCCGAUUACAGCUCUCUCCUCAGGGGAGUGUUCUACCAAACUGUCUCUCGUAAAAUCUCUGUGAACAUCUGAGGGGGGUGUGUUCGGAGCUUAGGAAACAAGCUGAUUGGUUAUUGGGUGGGUUUAAAAGAGAGGGAGUUUUCAAAAAGGGAAAUGAAAAUGUGGGUGGGUUUGCUGAAUAUUAAGAGCUUCAAAUGUUAGAGCUGUGAUACUGAAUUCCUUUUAAAAGAAAAACACGUAGGAGUAUUUGCGUUACAUUGUCAGUUUUAUUUCAAACGGCAAAGAAUGAUUGUGUGAACAGAAAAAAAGAAUGUAAGAUUCGACUGCAUUUCAGGAUAUAUAAAGAACCUAAGUAAUUAUUAUCUGUUGUCACCUCCUGCCAGAUGGAGGUUUUUUCCCCCUCUAUUUGUCUGGGAGUUGAAACAGCAUGAUUCCAAUGACUCCAAGGAGUGCACUGGCUAUUAGCGUAUAUAUGUUUAGCUUGUUUUAUCAACACACGUCAAAAAGACACUUCAUGUCCACCGAACGUUUAUCUGUUUGCUGGUCAAGCCGGGAAAGGCUGUUCAUGUCCUUCUUUUUGUUGACAUUAAAAUGAUAUCAUUGCCCUGAAGUUAAUGGAGUUUCAGCUUCAAAUCAAGUGCUGUUCAGAAAAGUCCUGUACUUCACAGAUGUGUCCCACACAAAUGUCUGACCCAUCACCUACCGACACUUCUCACACACAUACAGAUUCAAUGCAGUUUAGCACACUCGGAUAUGUGCCAUAGUCUCAAAGUUUUCUUCAGAGAUAUGUUUGUCAAAGAUAUUUCCUGCUUUCCACGACUUUUCAUUUGAACAUGGUGCUAUCUUUAUUCGCUCAGGAUGACCUGAAGCUUGAUUCUUUUUUUCUUUUUUUUAAAGCAGUGGCAAGUUUGUGUUAAAAUCCUUGCAAUACCUUUUCCCAAAGAUGUCUUUUUUUACCACUAGGUUUGUGUAAAGCUUUAAACACAUCAGACAUGUAUUUUGAAAACAGCAAUAGUGUUGCUGUAGAGGUAUUUUCAAUAAAGAAUGCUUCACCCCA